GUGGUGGGGCUGAUGUCGGUUUCCCUCCUGUGACAGGUGGUGGUGUUGACGGCGACCCUGGGCCCGGCGGCUGUAGCGACCUCCCGAAGCAUGUUGUACCUGGUCGGGCUGGGCUUGGGAGAUGCCAAGGACAUCACGGUGAAGGGUCUGGAGGCGGUGAGACAGUGCCACAGGGUGUACCUGGAGGCCUACACGUCCAACCUCACGGUGGGCAAGGAAGCACUGGAAGAGUUUUAUGGAAAAGAAUUGAUUUUGGCUGACAGAGAAACAGUGGAACAAGAAGCAGAUAACAUUUUAAAAGACGCUGAUGUUUGUGAUGUCGCAUUUCUUGUAGUUGGUGAUCCUUUUGGGGCCACAACACACAGUGAUUUAGUACUACGUGCAGUAAAACUGGGGAUUCCAUACAAGGUCAUUCAUAACGCUUCAAUAAUGAGUGCAGUGGGCUGCUGUGGUUUACAGUUGUACAGUUUUGGAGAGACUGUUUCCAUAGUUUUCUGGACAGAUACAUGGAAGCCAGAAAGCUUUUUUGACAAGAUUGAGAAGAACAGGCAGAACGGAAUGCACACCUUGUGCUUACUUGAUAUUAAAGUGAAGGAGCAGUCUCUGGAGAAUCUAAUGAAAGGAAGGAAGAUUUAUGAGCCACCACGGUACAUGAGUGUGAAUCAAGCUGCAGAACAGCUUCUUGCCAUUAUUCAAAACAGGAGGCUCCAAGGAGAAGAAUUAGCAAUCACUGAAAACACAAUCUGUGUUGGCCUUGCACGUGUGGGUGCUUCAGAUCAGAAGAUUGCUUCAGGCACACUGGAGCAGAUGUCCACAGUAGAACUAGGUGGUCCACUGCAUUCCUUGAUUGUUACAGGCACUCUGCAUCCUCUGGAAUUAGAAAUGCUUCAGCUUUUUACUGUAGCUGGGUCCAGUUUUGAACAGCAUGCGUGCCAAAGGACCACUUAAAUAAAAACAAGGCAUUUAUAUUUUU